AGGAAAUCUUAUCUGCUUAUCACAAACCCAUAAAAGCCAUCACACUUGGUGAAUGCCCGGUGCCCAACAAUCUCCGUGCAGAACUCAACUGAAUCCUCCAAUUUCUAUCCUCUGCAUAAGUCCUGAAUGAGAAUUUUGUAGCUGAAUGCAAUCGGCACAACUCUGUGCUUAUGCAUUUUCCUGAAGAUCCUCCUUAUAUCAUCAAAUUUUGCUGUCUUGUGGACUCCUGCCACAACAGCAAUGUGAAUCACAUCAUAAGGUACCAUACCCUUCUGACGCAUUAAUCCAAACAGCUUCAUGGCUUCCUGAACUAGCCCGCUUUGCAGAGCACAACAACCAUGGCAACAGCAUUAGGUAUUAGCCCGGUCACCUUGAUCUUCUUGAAAAUGUCAUCGGUGACUUCUGGUGGUGCCUCCUAUGUGGCAGACUCAGCCACCACCAAUGUCGUCCAGCAGACUCACCCACCAAUUUCUAUCUUUUUGAUCGGCUUCCUCCACCUUCUUACGUUAUGCCAGCCAACUUCUCCAAGAUUGGACUUUUGCGCCGGAGAAUCCCCAAUUCGAUCGCUUCCUCACCCGCCACAAUCAAAAUUCUCCAGCGUUCCUCUCCCCUACGUCGUCCAGCAGACCGUGACGACGAUCUCUGCCGCGAAACCCCGAAGCCAUCCAUAUAAUUUCGACAGAAAUCCUUGAAUGGCGACUGCGGGAACUGACCAAAAUCCUCUUUUGGAUGGUCUCUCUUCGUGGGUUUGCUGCCCCACAUGCAAUAAUGAUAUAGCGGAGGCUCGAGCCAGAGGCGCUUCUUCGUGCCACCCUUUGCUUCUCCUCGUCGCCGUCGUCAGCAAAGUUGAGAUUACAAAGGAAAAGGUCUUGGGAGCCAUCGCCCCUGCGCCUCUCGCCUCUCAUCGGUCUGUCAGUAUUGUUACUCGUACCCAAGCCGGUCGCGGGCAUGCAUCUCUCCAUGAUCGAAGCUUAGUUUGCAGCGUUCUCUUCAACUGUGGCCGCGGAGGAAGAAGCAAAUGUGGAUUCUGGGAAUUAGUUUAGGGUUUCUAGAUUAAAAAAAAAGAAAGAGCAACAUCGUUUCCAAUACCCACCAAACUACCCGUAUUUUAUUGGAGAAAACACAGGGACCACAUCAGCGCCCAUCUCUUUAAUGAACAAACGCUCUCGUGACAGUGAGAGAUAAGGUCGAUGAUUCUUUAUAAGGCUUCUUCGACUCCGGUCUCCUGUUAGGGAUAACGUCUGCUUGGGAUAAGGUCUCGCUCUGCAGUGGGUGACUGAAGAAGAAGGGAGAUGGAAAGGAGCACAGACCAGCAGCUCACAAUUGUUGAGUUCUUGAGGGAGAAAGGGUUUGAUGAUGAAAGCAUAAAGAGAAUGGUGAGGCGAUGCAAUCCACUGGAGAUCACAGGAAGAGACAGAGCGAGUGAGAAUUGGAAUUACUUGGAAAGCAUUGGGGUUCAGAAGAGGAAGCUUCCGUAUGUUGUUUUCAAGUGCCCCAAAGUCCUCACUUUGGGCUUGAAUCAGAAGCUUGUGCCUACCGUCCAGUGCCUUGCGACCUUGGGAUCAAGGCCUGGCGAAGUGGCCUCGGCCAUCACCAAAUUCCCAAACAUUCUCUCACACAGUGUUGAAGAUAAGCUCUGCCCAUUACUAGCUUUCUUCCAGGUGCUAGGAAUCUCGGAGAAGCAACUGGGUAAGAUGCUCCUGUUGAAUCCAAGGCUCAUCAGUUACAGCAUCGAAACGAAAUUGACUCGGAUUACUGAUUUCCUCGCAAGCAUUGGUCUCAAUAAGGAAGGCUUGAUUGGUAAAACUCUGGUGAAAAAUCCAUUCUUAGUAGGUUACAGUGUUGAGAAACGGCUUCGACCAACCACAGAAUUUCUCAAGUCGAUAGGCUUAGAUGAACAGAAUUUGCAAAGAGUGAUUUGCAAUUUCCCUGAAGUAAUCUGUAGGGAUGUUAAUAGGGUUCUAAAACCCAACUUAGCAUUCUUGAAGAGAUGUGGAUUUGACAGUAAACAAAUUGCAACAUUGGUUGCCGGAUAUCCCCCUGUUCUAAUCAAGAGUGUCAACAAAUCCUUGGAACCCAAAAUCAGAUUCUUGGUUGAAGACAUGGGAAGGGAAAUCGGUGAGAUAGCAGAUUGUCCAGAGUUCUUUCGACAUGGUAUGAAGAAGAGCUUGGAGUUGCGGCACAAACUUUUGAAACAAAAGAACAUACAUUGUAGUCUGAGCGAUAUGCUUCAUUGCAAUCAGAAGAGGUUUAUUGCUAAAUAUGGCUUAGUUGCAGGCUUCUCUUGAUUCUGUUCUUCCUGCUCUUUUCGACCUUUGUGUUCCAUCUCUUGUUAGGGUUGAAAGUUUGGCCAUUGGUUGCCAGAGGUGCAAGGGCUUGCUCUUCAAGGUAAGAAUAUUGUUGUUUUUUAUCUUCUCUUGUCCUGCACUCAGCUAGCAUUGCUGAAUAGAACUUGUCUUUACCCCAGGUAGUGCUUGUAUCACCACAGACCACAAAAAUUUCCUGUUUUAUACAGUUUUUUCCCCACUUUUGUUUGCAAAUUCAUUCCUACUUAGCUGCAAAACUCUAAAAUUUACAUGACU